AUGUCCGUUUCGUUAUUACAACCUUCUUUCUUUAUGUCAAAGACCAGAAGCUACGCGCAAAUUCUCAUUGGAUCUCGGUGGUUCUUAACAGCGAUGGCUAUUCAUUCAAGUCUUCGGGUAGCACCACCAGAUCUUCAACAAGGUGGAAAUUCUCGGAUUCCCUAUGUACACGUUCCUGCGGCUCGGAUGAGUAUAAUAGUUUAUAUCGCAACGGCUAUAAACAGUUCCUUGUUCCCAUUAACAAAACAUCCCCUUUUUCUUCGCUCUUCCGGAACCGGUACAGAAAUAGGUGCUUUUUCUACGUUGUUUACCUUAGUUACUGGGGGGCUUCGGGGAAGACCUAUGUGGGGCACCUUUCGGGUGUGGGAUGCUCGUUUAACCUCUGUAUUCAUCUCGUUCCUUAUUUACCUGGGUGCACUGCGUUUUCAAAAGCUUCCUGUCGAACCGGCUCCUAUUUCAAUCCGUGCUGGACCGAUCGAUAUACCAAUAAUUAAGUCUUCCGUCCACUGGUGGAAUACAUCGCAUCAACCUGGGAGCAUUAGCCGAUCUGGUACAUCAAUACAUGUUCCUAUGCCCAUUCCAAUCUUGUCCAACUUUGCUAACUCCCCCUUUUCAACCCGUAUCUUGUUCGUUCUGGAAACACGUCUUCUUAUUCCAUCUUUUCCCGAAUCUCCCUUAACGGAAGAAAUAGAAGCUCGAGAAGGAAGACCUGCUACCUAG